GAUUAAACUGCUUGCAUAUUUGUGUGCAAUAGUUGGCGCUAUUUAAAAACAAAGCUGCAACCCUCUUUAUGGCAUGUUUUCCUCGAAAGUCAAAAUCAGCUGUUUUCAUUUGGCACGCGAAAGGUAAACAAAAACAAUUGGCGGUGGGCAAAAACACCACCACUGCUGUUUUGCGCGGUCGUGCGCACAACGCAUCGCCAUGUAUUGUAGACGUUUCUUUGCACAAGAUAUUUGUGUUUUAUAUGGCUAACAAAAAGUGCACAUAGCCAUAUGUCACUGUAGUCAAAAAUAAAGAGCAGACUGCAUAGCACAGUCCCAGCACGCGGUCAGUGAAGAGCACAACCAUUCCAUAAACAGUGCAAUAGCAUUUAGCAAGAUUUAGGAAUAGUAACAAAUUGGCAAGAUGCAAGUGGAGCGCAGCACACAACAAACGAACACAACACCCGCAGCUGGCGCAACAGUUGCCCUAGAUGGGGCCGCAAAGUGUGCAUCAAAUGCAAAUGGUAAAAGUCAACAGCAGCAUCGGCGUUUGCAAAACGUUGGUACACUGCAGCGCGAGGACUUCGAUGGCGGACCGGUUAGCGUGAACGAAAUCGAAUCGGGGCUCUACUUGGGUAACUUAACCGCAGCGACCCACAUGGAAACAUUGAAGAACUUCAACAUAACACACAUACUGACGCUAGACUCAGUGCCGUUGCCGCAACACAUAACACAAGCAAGCUUUCUUACAACCAAAUACGUGCACAUUGCCGACAUGCCCAAGGAGGAUAUCUUGCAUCAUCUAGAUACUUGUACGGACUUCAUAAGAGAGGCUUUGGCUCAAAAUGGGAAUGUGCUCGUACACUGUUAUUUCGGCGUCAGUCGCAGUUCCGCAGCAGUCAUAGCUUUCAUUAUGAAACAACACGAUGUAGAGUAUCAAGCUGCUUUUGAUUUGGUACGCUCGAAACGUCGCUUCGUGCAGCCUAAUCCGGGUUUCGUGUCGCAGCUGAAGCUCUAUCGCCGCAUGGGCUGCAAAAUCGACGCACAAUAUCAGCGUUACAAACUCUAUCGUCUACGUUUGGCUGGUGAACAAGUUCGUAAAGCCAAAAUAUUGCCACAAUCCUUCAAUAGUCUGAUUAAGUCGGAUCCGGCCGUCACGCAAGAGAAUCCAGAACCCAUUGUCUAUCGUUGUCGCAAAUGCCGGCGCGUCUUGGCUUCCAAAUCACAUGUGCUACUCCACAAUAAUAAAUCGCUUGCUGCGUCAGCUACCGCAAACAAUGGGCUGCCACCAACGUCAAGCAAUGCCAACGCCAACACAGAUGCACAGCAAGCGCCUCGGUUGCUCGAACAGAUCGCCGCUCAAAUACGCAAGGCUUCACUGAACUCACCCACCGGCGCUGGUGCUGCCGAUGCUGCCAAGGAGCAGCAGCCGGCCGUUUGUCGCGAUAUAGUGUUUGUGGAACCGAUCUCCUGGAUGCGUAACAUCUCACACAACACACAAGGCCGCUUGCACUGUCCGAAAUGCGAGCAGAAGGUGGGUAAUUUCAGCUGGAUCAACGGCUGUCAGUGCCCAUGCGGCGAGGAAGUAUCGCCGGCCUUCUAUUUGAUACCAUCGCGCGUGGAACUAUCCAAAGCCGUGCAGAACGUACAAACCACACUUUAGAUUAGUUACCGAGUAGGUAGACUGCCCCACUGGUAAAAUGUUGAGCAUUUAUUCUCAAAAGUAUUACUAAUUGGAUAUAUAAAAUAUUAAAAAAUAAACUAAACAUGAAAUCAAAGUUUACAAUCUUAAUGUGAAAUAAAAAUGCUUCCAUUGUAUGUAAACCGAGACUCAAAUUAAAUAAGAUACUUGUUCUUAAUAAAUCACAUCUCUUAGCUAAUAUAUCAAAAUUUUGCAAUUCGCUUAGGUACAUAAAAAAUAUAUUUAAAAAAAUGUUCAAUGUUUGUAGCGGCUUUUUCAAGAUUAAAAGAACAAGGAAGUAACGUAAAAGAACUUAACUUAAAACGUUAAAGAAUAUGGGUUUCAGAAGAGCCAAGUGAUUUUCAGAAAAGUUUAAUAUGCAAAAAUUGUCUGUGUUUUCAAAAGAAAAUACAAAAUAUAGUCUGAGUUUUCAAAAACUUAAAAAAAAAUUAAGCAUGUUUACAACAGAAUAACCAUGGCAUAAUUUCGAAAGAGGACAUAAUGCGGACCAUUUUCCCUGAAAGGUUAAGGUUACGGUGUAUUUGUACUGCGACAACAGUAGUUUAAAGAGUUAGGGCUUAGAUGUUUAAGGAAAAGCUUUUUUAUUUUAAAAAUAUAUGUAUGAAAUAUACUUGCACUUUAACCCAGCAACAUCCCACAUAACCUUUUCUUCAAAGAGUACAAAUACUAAGUACAAUAUUUCAUACGAUGUCCUCAGGAAAAAUAAUCCUUAUCAAAAUAUAAGGGCGGUUUGUAAACAGCACAAUUCUCGCGGUCCCUUCAAUUACACACGAAAGAAUACAUUCCAAAAAAAAUGCAAAGCAUCAGUCUAUUUUAUUUCUAAAUCUCUGUAGAUUGCAAUGCCAAAUGUGCUUAGCUACGGUUAGAUGCUAGUUUUCAACUAGGUUGCGCAAUCUUCUGGUUCGGUUUAGAAAUAAGAGACUGAUGCUUUGUAUUUUGGCGUUUUGGAAUGCACCCAAAUUAUGAAAAACAACUUCACAAAUUUCCCUCAUGCGAUUUAUUUAAUUUUAUAUAUUAUCUACAUGUACGAUAUUACUUUCAUGAUAGGCCAAAAGGUGCUAUUUGCUUUCCUCAUAUUUGCUUAAACACGAGAUCUGCGGAUAUUUUGUUGUUCGCUCACUACCUCUAAUUUUUGAUAAUCUCGUCGAGAUUUUGCUCGCGUUUGAGUGCACACAAAUCCAAACUCAGAAGUGCUGGAAUAUAACUUUGUUAAGCGGAAAUGGUCGGUAUGAUGCCCUCUUUCAAAAUUAUACCA